CUCCCUGACAAGAGGACUCCUGCACCUGGCGAAGAUGGUUUCCACAGCUGUGAUGAUGAUGGUGUUGGUGUUGGCUGGUGUCCUGGUGGUGGUCCUGGCCAGACCUGAGGCAGCACCUCUGCCUCUCCCUGGAUAUCUUGGCUAUGGUGGAUAUGGAGGAUAUGGUGGAUAUGGUGGCUACGGUGGAUAUGGCGGAUAUGGUGGAUUUGGACGCGGCUAUGGUGGAUUUGGCUUCGGACGCGGAUACGGAUUUGGCUACGGACGCUGAAGUUGAAGCCAGAGCUGCACUGUGGUAUAUAAGGGAGCCUCACAGUCAAUCUUAAAUGGCUUACGAU